CAGUGUCACUUGGUCAGCUGAUUGCGGGUCUUAAAGCUUCUUGGCUAGUACUGCUAGCCAGCUUAGUUAGCUUAGCCUAGCUGGAUGUUUGUUUUUGGUAACGUUACGGAUCUGUAGCGUUUAACGUAGCCUGGACAUUUAAAAUAAUCGGAAUAAUUUCACGUAUUUUAAACUAUUCUAAAGUCGCUACCGGAUCGUUUUGCGGCCUAAAGUUGCCGUGAGGGAGGCAGUAAUUAUUGUGGCAGGGAGGGAAGGGUGAAGUUGUUCUCCGUGUAUCUGCAUUGCAGCCCGGUGCUGCUGAUGGAAUUCAAACACACAACAAUGGCGACUCCCAGUCCUAACAACUCAACAACACCUAGCAGCCACAACAGCAGCAAUAACGCAGGAUCUGCUGCACACCACCAUCUCCAGUCCCCCCAGCAGCACUUUACAACAAUGAGCAGCAUGCAGGAGUCCAACACCUGCUGGAGAUGUCAGAGUGAAACAGGGUUUCAGAUAAACCUGUCUGGAGCUCCCCCAAGUAAACGCAAAGCUUUGAAGCUGAACUUUGCCAACCCUCCGAUCAAACCCACCACCAGAUUCACACUGAACACGGCCGGGCCGCCCUUCCAGAACCCGCACAUAGAGAGGCUGAGAACACACAGUAUCGAGUCCUCAGGGAAGUUGAAGAUCUCCGCGGAGCAGCACUGGGACUUCACGGCCGAGGAUCUCAAAGACCUGGGCGAGAUCGGACGAGGGGCUUACGGCUCCGUCAACAAGAUGGUGCACAAUCCCAGCAACCAGAUCAUGGCGGUCAAGAGAAUUCGAUCCACAGUUGAUGAGAAGGAGCAGAAGCAGCUGCUGAUGGAUCUGGACGUGGUCGUGAGGAGUAGUGACUGUCCUUACAUCGUGCAGUUUUACGGUGCUCUGUUCAGAGAGGGCGACUGUUGGAUUUGUAUGGAACUUAUGGCUACCUCGUUAGACAAAUUUUACAAAUUUGUAUAUUGCUCAUUAGACGACGUGAUUCCGGAGGAAAUAUUAGGAAAAAUAACAUUAGCUACUGUGAAAGCACUUAACCACUUAAAAGAAAACUUGAAAAUAAUACACAGAGACAUUAAGCCGUCAAACAUCCUCCUGGACAGGAAUGGCAACAUCAAGCUGUGUGACUUCGGCAUCAGCGGCCAGCUGGUGGACUCCAUCGCCAAAACCAGAGAUGCAGGCUGCAGGCCCUACAUGGCUCCCGAGCGAAUAGACCCCAGUGCGUCCAGGCAGGGCUACGACGUCCGCUCGGACGUCUGGAGUUUGGGAAUCACACUGUACGAGCUGGCCACAGGCAGGUUCCCCUACCCGAAGUGGAACAGUGUGUUUGACCAGCUGACCCAGGUGGUGAGGGGGGACCCCCCACAGCUCUGCAACUCUGAGGAGAGGCGCUUCUCUCCCAAAUUCAUCUCCUUUGUCAACGUGUGCCUUACAAAGGACGAGUCAAAAAGGCCAAAGUACAAAGAGCUACUGAAAGAUCCGUUCAUCCAGAUGUACGAGGAGCGCUCGGUGGACGUGGCGAGUUACGUGUGCCGGCUCAUGGAUCAGAUGCCGACGUCUCCCAGCUCACCGAUGUAUAUGGACUGAUGGCACGACAAGACACACAAACACAUCACUAAAUAUUCACCAUGCAGUCUGCAACAAUAGAUGCAUUAAAAAAAAAAAAGAAGAAAACAAAACAAAUCCUUGUGUACAUUUGCUUGGUCCCCUUAUUGCAGUGUUAAAAGAGAAUUGUAAAGCCUAAAAAAAAAAACACCAUUUGCAAUAACAGUGGUGUUAUGUCUGUAUAAUAUAUCAACACUUCUGUUUCUCUCUUGUUCACAAAUACAGUUAUGUAAGUAUGAUAGCAGCUGAAUCAAACAAUCAUCUAAAUGAGGACACAUCUCAGUGGUUAGUAUAAGAAAAUAAUAAUAAUAAUGUGGAACUUGUAUUUAUAUUUGAUUUGGAGAUUCUUCAACAUACUGGAAUCAUGCUCUUUUGUGAAUUGUCCCACCUCUUCCAUGUACGUAACUGAAAGCAUUGUGUUUGGUAUGUUAAUGGAACUUUGCUUCUCUGGGUAUAAAGCAGUUUAAAGCGUGUUGGUGGGCAGAAUCGUGUUAGACCUGCAGUCCGUGCUGAGGGGCUGCAGCCCUCGCUGUACAGUGGACUAUAUGCUGAUAUAUGAAUAAAGACGGAGAGAGGAG